UGAGAAAAACAACGUUAGAAUUUUUGUGGGCAAUGUAAACUGUCAUGUGAGAAGCAUAUCCUUUUGGUGCAAAUGAGUGUCUUCACGAGGAGGAGACAGAUCUUCAAGGUGAUCAUCUGAUGACAAGCUGUUUGUUUCCAAGCCAACUGCAGUUGUUAAGUAUUUUAAUUGUUGUCAGUUGUUUGCGGAAUCAAUUGUCACGUUCCGUUCUUGGGAAACCGCUAAUCCGAGUGGGAUUUGUAUGGAGAGGAUCGACAUGGACUUCUUCGAUGAUGGUAGACAAUGUUGAAUAAGGCUGUAUCAUCAGGCGAUAUCCUCUGACGUUAGCGUGUUUGUUUAUUGCGGUUGUCAGGGCUGUCAGCUGUGUGUUGUCAUCGUGUUGUUUACUGGGGGGCGAACAUUUUUGGAUAGGAAAAUAGGAAUAAUCAGGUGAUAGUUGCGCUUGCGCUGCACGCGUACCGCCAACAUGGUCCACGUACGAAGCCCGGUUCAUCAUUUGUUGCAUGCAGUCGGCUCGUCGAGGUUAACCGGUAUAUAUCUCGUGGUGGUAGUAUUGUCAUGCCGGCACAGGAUCUAGAGAAACAAGGUGCUCACGUUCUUAAAGUCCUCAACAUGAAACCCAUCGUCUCCUCCAACAACUCCCACGAGGAGCUCAUGCCACACACCGUGGACCCAGCUGAAGAUGAGGGUCCCACACUCAAAGACGUUACAAGGCGCGAGUGGAUUUCCAUAUUUAUACUGUGCUUCGUUAAUUUGAUCAACUACAUGGAUAGGUUCACAUUAGCAGGUAUACUGGAUGAUGUUAAGAAAGAGUUUGGUAUUGGUGAUAGCGAGGGUGGACUUCUGCAGACGAGCUUCGUGCUCAGCUACAUGGUCUUCGCGCCGUUAUUCGGAUACCUGGGUGAUAGAUACAGCAGACGUUACAUCAUGACUGGAGGCGUUCUGCUUUGGAGCCUCACCACCCUCGUCGGCUCCUUCAUGGAUCAUUUCCCUAUGUUCAUCAUGUUCAGAGCGCUCGUUGGAAUCGGAGAGGCCAGUUAUUCCACGAUAGCCCCAACGAUCAUCAGCGAUCUGUUUAUAAAGAACGUAAGAUCCAAGAUGUUGGCCCUCUUCUACUUCGCCAUACCGGUUGGAAGUGGUUUGGGUUACAUAGUCGGCGCUGAAACUUCAAAGGCUUUCGGGGCGUGGCAGUGGGCGUUGCGCGUGACUCCUGGUUUGGGUCUCCUCGCCGUGCUGCUCAUCUUCUUCGUGCUCCAAGAUCCAGAACGUGGUCAGAGCGAGGAUAGUGGUCACCUACAAGCGGGUACCUUGAAAGAGGACCUGAAGGCCCUCAUGCAGAAUGGAAGCUUCAUCUUGUCCAGUUUGGGAUUCACCUGCGUGGCGUUCGUUGCCGGAGCUUUGGCCUGGUGGGGUCCCACACUGCUUACUUUGGGCAUGGCUCUGCAAAAUCCCGGAUCUGAUGAAAAACACGAUGAUUUGUCGUUCAUUUUCGGAGUGAUAACGAUAGCGGCCGGAGUGAUUGGCCUAGCUUUGGGUUGCGCGUUGAGCCAAAGCUUAGGUGAGCGAUGGCCGACGGCUGAUCCUCUGAUUUGUGCUGGGGGUCUGCUCGUCUCGACCCCUUUGCUCGUCGGGGCUAUGCUCACUUGUACCAGCAACUCCUACCUAUGUUACGCGCUGCUCUUCUUAGGACAAGUCGCUCUCAACCUAAAUUGGGCAAUAGUCGCGGACAUUACAUUGUACGUUGUUUUACCUACAAGAAGAUCUACAGCUGAAGGACUACAAAUGUUGGUGUCUCACGCUCUCGGCGAUGCCGGAAGCCCUUAUUUGAUCGGAGUCGUAUCCGAUGUAUUGAAAAUCAAAUUGGGCAAUGGUACGCCGGACGCAUCCACAGAUUUCCACUCGUUGCAGUACGCGCUUUUCAUCACGUGUUUCGUGGAAGUACUCGGAGGAGUUUUCUUCCUCAUCAACGCAUUCUAUAUAGUAAAGGACAAGAAGAAAGUCGAGAAGGCGCUCAAAGUUGGACUUUCGGAACCGAACAAUCUGAUGGCGACGGAAACGGAACAGAGUAGAUUGAUGACCUGUUAAAACAGUGGAGAAUCAAGCAUAUCGAUGUGACAACAUUGAACGAACACUUAACGCACAUACAGACACUACCAUCACCAUCACCCCAUCAUCAUUUGCUCUAUCCGUUAUACGAAUUUGUGCGUGUGUACAUAAUUAGUGAACUUCUUAGUGAUUGAUUGCGUUUAUUACCGAUGAUGACAGUUCUUGUGCAGCUUUAAGUUUAAGUGCAUAACGAAAAUUGUGUUCCUAAAAGAAAACUCUUUUUUUUUAAAUCCACGGACGUCGCGCGUCGCAUCCAGAAUGAUUGAAACGUUCUUUUUUUUGUGUGUGUAGGUUACAUCAGAAUACCAAAGUAAAUACUUGCAGCGAGGAUUUUUUGCUCAAUUCGAAAAUUGAAAUCAAGAGAGCCCUGCUAAAAGGGAUGGGAGAUACAAAAAGAAAACGAAACGAAACAACACUGUCUUGUAUU